CCGUCUUGGGGUCACGUGCCGGCGGGCCCGCGUUGGUGUUGUGGACGGGGAAUGCGGAGCAAAAAAGUGACGGUCUGAGUUGGAUGUACGGAUGGUGUCCCCAAGGCUUCUGAUGUACGUACUCUUCUGCGGGAUAUUUGCCUCCCUCUUCUUAAGCAAGAUUGCGACGUUGAUCGAAACCAGCCCGGAGGUGUCCGGAUCAUUGCCGGACAGAAUAUCACCGUUGUCAAGCCUGACAGUACAAGAGCGCUUAGCGGGAUGGGAUAAGCCGGAUCUUGAAGAUGCCUUAGACAACACAGAAGAUGAUUUGAUGUGGUUCAUGCAGAUAUCUGAUCUUCACAUCAGUAUCUUCCAAGAUCCAAAGAGAAUCGAACAGCUCAGGCUAUUUGUAAAUGAGUCCGUUCCAGUCAUAGAACCAGAACUGGUUUUAGCUUCAGGAGACUUGACAGAUGCCAAAAACAGUAACAGCAUUGGGUCAGCACAAUACGAAGAGGAAUGGAAGAUUUAUAAAGACAUCCUUGUUGGUGGAAACGUCUUCAACAACUCAUUCUGGUUGGACCUCCGCGGAAACCAUGACCUGUUCGACGUGCCGAGCGUGGACAGUCGACGCAACUGGUUCCGCGAGUACGGCGUGCAGGGCUCCGCCCACCCGCGUUCCUACCUGUAUACGGCGCGCCGCGGCCGGCGCCGGUACGCGUUCGUGGCGAUGGACGCCACGCUCGACCCCGGACCGCGGCGGCCCUUCAACUUCUUCGGCGUGGUGCGGCCGAGCGAGCUGGCGGCGCUGCGCGAGUACGCUCGCGUGGCGCGGCAGGCCGACCACGCCAUCUGGUUCGGCCACUACCCGACCUCGGUGCUGGUGCCCUCGGCGGAGGUGCGUCAGCUGAUGACGGGCGCUCUGGCCUACCUCUGUGGCCACCUGCACACGAUGGCCGGCCUGGUGCCGCAUAUGUACACCCGGCAGCGCGUCGGCACGCUGGAGCUCGAGCUCGGCGACUGGAAGGAUAACAGGAGGUACCGCCUGCUGGCCAUAGACCGCGGCCUGCUGUCGUUCACGGACGUGGACAGCGGUGACCAGUGGCCGCUCGUGCUGGUGACCAGUCCCAAGCGCGCCCAGUUGACCAUGGCCCGCAACGAGCCGCUCUGGAUGAUGCGCGAGUCUCCGCACAUUCGUGUGCUGGCCUUCUCCGUACACGCGGUGUCGUCGGUGCGUGUUCAGCCAAGUGACGGGGACGCCUGGGUGCCGUGCACAAGGGCCAAAGGUCCUCUGUUCACCUGUGACUGGCAGCCGGCGAAGUACGCUCACGGCCUGCACACAAUGCAGGUGCUGGUGGAGGACUCUGGCGGGCUCAGUCGCCGGAUUUCCCACACGUUCUCACUGGACGGCAGCGAGGUCAAGUUCCCUUUGGUGGCCCGGCUGAUUCUGAUGCUAGACGGCUCGGCGACGAGUCAGCUGCUGUUCGCGGCAGCGCUGCUGGUAUGCGCGCUGCCUCCAGGCGCGCUCCGUCUGCUGCACGCGCAGGUGACAGCCGGGCGCCGCCAGCUGCCGCGGCUGGGCUGGCGGCCGCUGCGCCGCUGGCUCCGGCGGCUCACUCUGUUCGCCAGCGUGGACCGUCUCUACUGGCCGCACGUGGGCAUGCUGCUCUACCUGCCCGUCGGUCCGUGGCUGGCCGGCGAGCUCAUCACCGGCCAGAUGGGCGUAGUGUUCGCCUGGGGCUCGCUGGUGGGCGGCGCCUUCCUGCCUGGCCUGCUGCAGUACGUGUACGGCAUGGUGCAGCUGCUGCUGUUCCACCUGCCGCUGAUGCUGGCUACCGGCUGCCUGCUGGAUUGCAGGCUGGACAGCUUCUGGCGGCCGGAGCGGUUCUCGCGGCGACGUCUGUGGACCGCGCACGCCGCUCUCCUCAUCAUCUGCCUCAUCCAGCUGGCAAACGUGUACCUCUUUUAUCUGUCCUACGACCUGAUGGCCACGCUGCUUGGCCCGUUCCGCACGUGGGCUCUGCUGGUCGGCCUGCAGAUGUGGUAUAGCGCCGCCACCCUGCCCAAGGCAUCUCUCAGGCGUGCCGCUGCCAUCUGGCUCACGGAGCCUGUGGAGCGAACAGCUACUGACUGAUGGAUGGCACUGAAAGCAUAUCAACCCCAAGCCGUGUCUGCGUGACGCACACAUCGUACUAUUAUUAUCCUGUGAUUUGUGGCCAGAUGGCUGAGGAGAACUUACCGGCAGAUGAGUAAUCACCGCCGAUUGUGGACCGAUGACGGAUAGUGUCGCACGCCGCAGGGUCUGACAGCUGUCAGCUGCCGGUUGUGGGUAGAAAUGUUUUGGGCGGUUGGACACCAUUUCUUCGGUGGACUCAUUGUGCUGUGUGGCUUAGGUCCAUUUCAUUGCGGUGACCACGGGUCUGAGGAUAAAAUCGUAUGACAUAAUUUAUUGGUUAUGUAUUUAGAGCACUUGUAUGCGUGCUGCAAAGUCCUCGUAGCUCGUGAACAGUUUGUUGGAUUCUCAAGACGCUUGUAGAGUUGUGUUGGACAUAUUCCAUCUCAGACGUACCGCAGAAGGCAGGUGUUGAUCCACAUGGUGCGAGAUGAAUAUCACUGAAAUAUGUUGCCUAGGAAUGUUUGGGUGAAUGCCAGCAUAAUAACGCUGUUGACUAUUGUCGCCGUGGCCUAUGUCCAGUAGACCGUUGAUAUCUGAGGCUGCAUAUGGACUAUCCUCGCUCGAUUGCCGCACUUAUCAGGUGGAAUGUGUUUUGAAGCUGUGAUGACCGGAGGCAGUGGGGUGUGUGCCGAUGUGUUAGCGCUGUAUGAUAUGCGUACCAGCGCACCACCAAUGAGACCAGGCCUCCGGACAAAGCCUGUUUUAAUUAAAACUAGAGAUCUGCCGCAUGCCACGGCCUGAAUUUUCUCACCACAGAAAUGACUAUUUUAGUUGUUGGGCGUUCUUUAAGCUGAAAGCCUCCAUUCGCAAUUAAGAACCUUCUGCCUGUCUCGGGAAAAUACAAUAAAGAACAUU